GCUCCGCCACGCGCUCAGGUGAGCAGACGGCGCCGCCACGCGCUCAGGUGAGCAGACGGCGCGCGGUGGUACGGCAGGGGGUGGGGUGCUGCUGCGUCCGUCCACACAGCGCUGGGGUGUGAGUGGGACGACUGGGACGAGAGGACACCCAGCGGACCAGGAUUUCAGAGAAGGUCACGUAUGACGUAGUAUCUGCUCACCAAUCGUUACUGGCUGCAUGUCACCGGAAGACAUUACCUACCGUCAGCGAAGAACGAAGCCGGCUGUCAUCAGCUGAUAACUGACGUCACUCGGCGUCAGCUGACGUGACUUCUCACCUGUCAUAUCCCCAUACACACAUCAUGUUCAACUGGGCCGGCCUGGCCGGUAUUAUCGUGUUUUAUAUUGCCAUUCUGCUGGUCGGACUAUGGGCGGCAUGGAAGAGAAAGAAUGAACUUCAAAAUGCCGAGGAGGACACGGAAGAGGUGAUGCUGGCCGGGAGGAACCUGGGCGUGUUUGUCGGCAUCCUGACGAUGACUGCCACCUGGGUCGGAGGUGGAUACAUCAACGGCUCGGCCGAGGAGACGUACAAGGCCGGUCUGGUGUGGACACAGGCGCCGUUCGGGUACUCCAUCAGCCUGGCGCUCGGCGGCAUAUUUUUCGCUCACAAGAUGCGCGAGGAGGGCUACACGACGAUGUUGGACCCGCUGCAGGCGCGACUGGGCCGCGUCAUGGGCGGCCUGCUGUUCAUCCCGGCGCUGCUCGGCGAGCUGUUCUGGUCGGCGGCCAUCCUCGGGGCGCUCGGGACCACCAUCAACGUGAUUCUGCACCUGGACGAGUACGUGGACUACGGCAACACGCUCUCGAUCGCGCUCUCCGCUGCCAUCGCCGUGUUCUACACCCUGUUCGGAGGCCUGCUGUCGGUGGCCUACACUGACGUCAUCCAGCUAAUCUGCAUCUUCAUUGGACUGUGGUUCUCCAUUCCGUUCGCGAUGUCCAACGAGGCGUUCACGACACUGGACAUAUCGGAGAACGACUGGAUCGGCUCCGUGGAGCCGCACUACGCCGGCGUCUGGUUCGAUUACGCCAUGCUACUCAUCUGUGGUGGCAUACCGUGGCAGGUAUACUUUCAGCGGGUGCUCUCCUCCAAGAGCCCGCGGCGCUCGCAGCUUCUCAGCUACGCGGCCGCCGGCGGCUGUAUCUUCCUGGCCAUCCCAGCAGUGCUGAUCGGCGCCAUCGCCAAGGGCACCAAGUGGGAGAUGACCGAGUUCGGGAGGACCCCGACCGGUGACGACACGCGCUUCGUGCUACCGCUGGUCAUGCAGUAUCUCACGCCCGAGUGGGUGGCGUUUAUCGGUCUUGGCGCCGUGUCUGCCGCCGUGAUGUCGUCAGCCGACUCGUCUGUCCUCUCCUCGUCCACAAUGUUCUCCAGAAAUAUCUACCAGCAAAUAUUCCGGCCCCGGGCCUCUGAGCGCGAGAUCAUCAUAGUGAUGAAGAUCGCGAUCCUGGUGAACGCCACGGUGGCCUGCGUCAUCGCCAUCAACGUGCCCUCCAUCUACGGCCUCUUUUUCCUGUGCUCGGACCUGGUGUUCGUCAUCCUGUUCCCGCAGCUGCUCACGGUUGUACAUGUCCCGCGGCUGGCCAACACGUACGGCUCGAUGCUGGCGGCGCUGGUCGGCCUCGUACUGCGGCUAGCAGGCGGUGAGAGUCUGCUGGGCCUGCCGGCCACCGUGCACUACUGGUGGUACAGCGACACAGACGGACAACUGUUCCCGUUCCGUACGUUCGCCAUGGUCUGCUCCCUCUGCACGCUGGUCGUCACCUCCUUCUGUGUCGAGAAACUCUUCAGCUCAGGUACUUUGCCGUCGCGUCUGGACUUUGCGCGGAGUUUCGACCGGGAGGACAGCGAGGCGACCGGCCUCAACUACCGACAGCAGCAGCACGACCUGCAGAAGAACGGCAUCGACAACUACGGCAUGACCGAGACCACCGGACUGUGACGUCACACAGGAACCAAUGUGACGUCACACAGAGACCAGAGCGCCCUGUGACCUCACACUUCGCUGGGUGACGCGCUCGUUUGAUCGAGGCGGUUGCCGUUUUACCAACGAUUGCCAGUUUUAGCUCUCAGACGUGAUUUAGCAGUUUUAUGAAGCUUGGCAAGACCGGAGUAGGUGCUUAAAUUCUGAGACACUUGACGGAGACUGUGCUAAUGUACUGGAAAACAUCCUAGAUCCUGUGCAGUUCUGAGAGCUGUUUGUCCAGAGCCGGAGUACAACAGCCGAUUCAGACUAGUUCCGGCCAGACGGGAUGUCUGUGGGUGGGUCGGCGCUCCCGGAACUUACAGAGAACCUCGUCAAACUCCCCGACACAAAGGGUUUCCACAGAAACCGCGUUAUCCAGCGACGCUCAUUGAAUGCUAGGUACAUGAGAGUACGCAGCAGCGCUCUUGUAGUAAAUGACCGUCAUUUUCCAAACCGUCCUCAGUAGUCGGUCGCGUACGGCGGAAUGCGGCGACGGGCGACAGGAUCUUUCUGAAGCCGUUUGUUUAAUUUCUGAGCUCUCUAACGGCCCGUGGAGCUGCAGGAACUUUGUCGAGUGGUACGAUAAGCUCCAUCGGCUACGGUCGUGCUGCGUUGUGUGCAGCACGACGUACAAAUUUCCGGCGUUGUGUGCUCCCUCCCUCUGUAAAGCGCGGCAGUCAAUCUGAACCGGGUCAGGUAGGCGUCGUCUAGAUCAGUGGCAUCAGCUGGCUGUAAGACUACUGGUCAUGGCUAGCUAACAGAGGCUCCAGAUAAACGGUGUUACACGGCUGACGCCACAUGGUUUCAACGUAAAUGCUCAGCGGAGUGCAAUGGACAUUUGACUCGUUCCGCUCCACAGUUGUGACAAAAGCAGACUGAACCACGUUCCAGGCAGUAUUCCUAUGAACUCACCAGUUGCAAUUUACAUUAUGAAAACCCAAAGGAAAUGAGAUAUGAAAAUGAAGAUUCAUUUUGUAGGCCUCAGAUUUGAUGGGUAUGCCGUAAAAGUAGUUCCGACUGCAUUCAGCUGGGUGCUAAGACAAGUAAAAACCCUUUUACUGGCUAUUUUAGGCAAGAGUGGUGGUGUGGGAGGUUGGUGGAUUUCCAUGAAUCAUUCCAUAUUGCAGAUAAUGCGUCAAAACGGGAUAAGGGCGCAGAGCCAGAAGGUCUAUAUUUAUAUUUAACUGUUACAAGCAUGUUGGAAGCGAGAUCGAAGUGGAUGUCUAUGGCAGCUGUGGAAAGUUAUGCCGUCCAAGUUAUGUUGAAUACAUGUGCAAGGUCAACGUGUCAUGCACUGUGUGUGUCUCUUCACUCUUGGCCCCUUGUCAUAUAUAGGAAACCGUCAAAAUGGUCUAUUUUCGGAUAGUUUGUAGGUAUAUUUUAUGAACGACAAGCAACAUAUCGUUAUAUGGCACCGCUCUGUUACCAAUAAGUACUCAGGACAGUAACAAUAAGAACGCAUGAAAACAAAGUAUGCCUACCUAAAAAGUUGCCGACAAUAUGUUAACUACCCAUCCAAUGCAUAUCCCAGUGAGCAUGUUCUUGUUCGCUCUGCCUAGUUCGCUCCGUCCAUUGUAUCACCUUUCCGGGUAAAUACUCGUACCGUUGUUCCAUUAUGAAGGCAAAGUGUUGCCACAUGAUGCUGCCAUAUGCCGAGUGCCGCCCGCCCGGUUUGUUAAUACAGUCGGAAGCCUGA